AUGUCAGGCGGUGCAGUAAGCAUUCACUGGUUUCGAAAGGGCCUUCGGCUUCAUGACAAUGCUGCACUUCUCGCAGCAUUGAAGGGCGCCAAGCAGGUGUAUCCAGUGUUUGUGCUGGAUCCACACUUUGCCAAGCCCGAGUUUGUGGGCGUGGUCCGCUACAACUUCCUGCUUGAAUCGCUGCGCGACCUCGACAAGUCCCUGCGUACGCUCGGAUCGCGGCUCUACGUGCUCAAGGGCAAACCCCUCCAGGCCCUCGAGGAGAAGUUCAAGGAGUGGGAGGUGACCAGACUGACGUUUGAACGCGACACCGAACCGUACGCCAAGCUUCGCGAUACACAGGCCCGUGAGCUCGCAGAGAAGCAUGGAAUUGAGGUGAUUACAACAGUUGGACACACACUUCAUGACCCGGAGCAAUACAUUGCGAAAGCGGGCGGUGCAGACAAGAUUCCGCUGACAUACUCGUCAUUUGGAACGCUGUUUCGACGGCUUGGCAAAGUGCCAGCCGCGCUGUCUGCCCCAACAAAAGAGGACUUCCCACAGUCAUCCACGCUGGUACGCACAGACGCUCUGGAUGACCACCGCUUUGACGUACCCUCGCUCAAGGACAUGGGUUACGAGUGGAAUGACGAUGAACACGAGGUGCGUUUUCCUGGCGGGGAGACAGAGGCGCUGGAGCGAAUGCGCCGCCACCUGCAGCGAAAGGCGUGGAUUGCGCACUUUGAAAAGCCAAAGACAAGCCCAAACACGCUCGAACCGUCAACAACAGGGCUCUCUCCGUACCUCAAGUUUGGCUGCCUGUCACCACGCCUCUUCUACCACGAGCUUGCACGCGUGUACGCGGAGUACCGGGACCACGCCAAGCCGCCCGUCUCCCUGCACGGCCAGCUGCUGUGGCGCGAAUUCUUCCACAUGUGCGGAUAUGCCGUGAAGAACUUUGAUCGCAUGGAGGGCAACCGAAUUUGCCGCCAAAUCGACUGGGACACCAACGACGCCCUGCUCGCUGCCUGGGAGAAUGCACGCACGGGGUAUCCGUGGAUUGACGCGUGCAUGACGCAAUUGCGGCGGGAGGGCUGGUUGCACCACCUUGCGCGCCACGCCGUCGCUUGCUUCCUCACCCGCGGUGACCUGUACCAGUCUUGGGAGAAGGGCGCGCAAGUGUUUGAUCGCUUGCUCGUCGACGCCGACUGGCAUCUCAACAGCGCCAAUUGGAUGUGGCUCUCAUGCUCCAGCUUCUUCUACCAGUACUUUCGCGUGUACAGCCCUGUUGCGUUUGGGAAGAAGACCGACCCAUCUGGCGCGUACAUCCGCAAGUACCUCCCGCAGCUCAAGGCGUUUCCAGACAAGUACAUCUAUGAGCCGUGGAAAGCGCCGCCCGGUGUACAGCGAAGCUGCGGGUGCAUCAUUGGCAAGGAUUACCCAGAGCCGAUUGUUGAUCACGCGGAGGUGUCCGCAGCGAACAAGGCACGCAUCAGGGCAUGCUACGACGCCUUGAAGCAGGCAGAAAAGGCAAAGAAGACGACGACCAAAGACGCGAAAUCAAGCGGCGGCGCUUCGAAGCGAUCAAGCGCACAAUCGUCAGCAAAACUCAAGAAGACAAAGACCGCAAGCAGCAAGCGCUGA